ACUGGGACAGUCUGCGUGCUGCUGGCCGGCCGCCACGCCGGCAAGCGCGUCGUGCUGCUGGGAGCCCUGCCCAGUGGCCUGCUGCUCGUUACUAAGCCCUUCGCGUUCAACUCGUGCCCGCUCAGGCGCAUUCCCCAGCGCUACGUCAUCGGCACGUCCACCAAGCUGGACCUCGGCGCCUUCCAGCUGCCAGCGCACCUCGACGACGCCUACUUCAAGAAGAACAAGCGGAGCACCAAGCGCAGCGUCAAGCGUAAACAGGGAGAAGACAUCUUCGCCACCAAGAAAGAGGUAACUAGUUCUUACCGUUUAGGAUUUCAUUGUUUUCAUAAAAAAAAUAUGAAAUUUAGAAAAAAACGUAAACAGGCAACUUUGUUACCUCAGCGUCUAGUCUAGCAUUGUUUCAAGUUG